AUGGAUCCCUCGCAGAGCCAUCAGUUCCCGCGACAGCAGCGGCCGGUCGGCGGCCCGGACCAGGGCCUUACGAUCCGCCGCAGGGGCGGUGCCGAGGCCGAGGCAGCGGCCGUGGCCGCCUUGCCCGGACAUGCUCUGCCCGGCAGCGGUCCCGCCUCGGCUUCCACCUCGGGCAGGCUCAUGUACCUGGUCGAGGCAUGCGAGGCCGCGUCCGGGCCACAGACAGCUACCCCGCCGCUGACGGCCGCGGACCGCGACCUAUCCUCGUCGCCGUCGGCAUCUUCGAUGCUGGGAUCGCCGACGACGCAGGCCGAGUCGUCGUCGCACGCGCACGCGCACGCGCACGCCGCCGCGGUGCAGAGGAACCUCGCCAACACUACCACCCCGCCCGAGACGCCCCGGCGCAUGGUGCCGGCCACUAACAACGACUGGGAGGGGAUGAAGCCGAUCAUACAUGAUCUCUACAUGCAGCAGAACUUGAGCCUGAAGGACGUCGUCGACAAAAUGUGUGCCGAGCACAAGUUCAAAGCUACCGCGAGGAUGUAUAAAACACAGUUCAACAAGUGGGGGUGGUCCAAGUACAACAGCAAGAGGCUGCAUCGCAACCUGUCCAGCGGUCGGGCGGUGCAGAAGCCGAGCGGCAAGUCGUGCCGGCGUCCGCCGCGAUCCAACCGGACGCAUGCCGUCAUGCCAUCGACGAUACCGAAGAAGGCGAGAGUGGCGCACUCACAGGCGGCGGGCACCCAGGACAGCGGCGGGCCAUCGACAGCCAUGGUCCGGCGCAGCCCAUAUCGAGAGGAUCUCCAUGCGAUGACGCGAUUACAGCACGGCACCAACGGUCAGUUCUACAUCGAGAGGGUCCUGUGCGAGAUCCAGGACCACGUCCAUUGGUUCCACGCGCAGAAGGACGAGUGGAGGUUCAUCCCCGGCGUCGACCUGAUAGGCGUGUACAACUACCGCGCCUACGACACGUUCCGCUCGGCGUUCGACCACUUUAUACGUAACGAGCACGAGAUUGGAGGGGAGCUGCUGCGGCACGCCUUUGUCCAGGUGGAGGAGAUGGUGCAGACCGACACGUCGGGCUCCUUUUACGGCCUCUUUGUCGAGCUGCCGGACCUGCUGCUGCACUUCAAGCGCGUCGACAUCCUGCAGAUCCUGCUCAAGCACAUCAACAAGCUGGCGCCCAUCAAGACGCGCAACAAGUCGCUCUCGCACAUCUUCCUGAUCCUGCAGUCCAUCGUCAACAUGGAGCCGGAGCAGCUGGCGCACUACGUCGAGUCGGCGUCGGGCCUGUGGAUGAACAUGCUGCGCCAGCUGCGGGGCGAGAUGGACCGCAGCACGCUCAUGGCCAAGCGCAACUACUUCCGGCACACGCGCAACCUCGACGAGUGGCGCGUCAAGCAGCUCGUCGGCGAGUACGAGUACCUGCGCGGCCGCGCGCAGGCCAUGUCGGCGGGCGACUGGAACAGCACGCUGCGCCACCUCGAGGACAUCACGCUGUCCAUCAUGCACAACCACGGCGUCUACUCGCGCGACUUUGUGGCGCGGUCCGAGAACCUCAACGCCCGGCUCGAGGCCAAGUACGAGGGCAAGGACCUGCCCAAGGAGCACUGGGACGUGCUGGACCGCAACAUCCUGUCCAACUCGCUCGACCGCAUGGCGACGUACUACCGGCGCGUGGGCGACGCCGCGCGCGCCGAGCGCUGCGCGGCCAAGGCCCGCGAGGGCUGGCAGCACGGCCCGACGUGGCAGUUCGAGGUCGAGUCGCUGCUGAGCAAGGCCGGGCGCGGCGACGAGGCCGAGAAGAUCAGCUGGACGCGCCUCGAGGGCGUCUACUGGAUGGAGGUGCAGGACACGCUGAGCCGGCAGCGCAGUCCGGACUGGACGCCGCCCAUCAUUGAGGAGCUGUGA